AUGACAUGGGUCCCACCUGUAUUCAUUCUUUGUCUAGUCAUUGAAACCUCAUCUGUCAUUCUUCGAUUUCAAGGAGUUGCCCCAUCAUUGACACUCGACCGUAUUCAUACGUUAAGAGAUAGUAUCGAGAAGUUGCAGCACAUCAAUGAGAAGGUCCGAUGUCGAAUAAAAGGUGCCACAGUUGUUUUUCUUUUGCUUUUUCUUUUGUUUGUAAAUUAUUCAUGCGUCUGGUUGUAA